AACCGUCCAAUUAUCUUGAGAGAUUCAAACAGAUUCCACCAUUUCAAUGAAGGAAAAUGCUCCUGCAAAGAUUACUGGAGCCUCUGCAGCCAAGAUCAAGCAUGUAAUACACUGCAAAGAAUUUUUGAAAUGGGAAAGGCGAAUGUUAUUAUUCAGGAUGAGUGCUGUGAAUGCAAAGGAAGCUGGACUGCUUGUAUCACUUUCUGACAGGGAAUCGGAGCAACCCUUCGCCAAUGAUUAUGAUGAGAACAUCCUCUUCACUGACGGAUACCGCGAGAGUACUUAUAAGCAACUUGUUGGCUUUGCUUACAUUUCCUCUCAACGGGUUGGAAACCUUGGAUGCUUUGAUCCAUGGAAAAGGAAGGUUUCAGCUGCUCGAAACUCAUCACAACAAACUUAGACGUCAGCAUCUGUAUUGGCACAAGUCCAAAAUGCUCUGUUUUUACAUUGACUUAGGCACAAUUGAAAAUGGGAGAUUUGGUACAAAUAAAGACGCAACCUUUAA